UUCUACAUUGUUCAAGUCUGUCCCUUACUCUUUCCUGUCCCUAGUUUCUAUUGCACCUAAUUCCAACCAUGGCUAGUUGCUAGCUAAGCCAGGCUAUCUACUUCCUAGUCAGCAUGCUUCUAGCGUGCAUCCUGUAGGGAAGCAUUAGCGCUGGCGCCUAACCUGAUGGCACCUAGCACGCUGGCGCGUAGCACCCUGGCGUCGUGCGCGCUGGCGCAUAGCGCGCUGGCGCAUAGCGCGCUAGCGCUGUGCGCGAUGGCGCGUUGCGCGCUGGCACCGUGCGCGCUGGCGUUGUGCGCGCUGGCGCCGUGCGCGCUGGCGCGAUGCGGGCAGGCGCCGUGCGCGCUGGCGCGAUGCGCGCAGACGCCAUGCGCGCUCGUGCGAUGCGCGCAGGCGCCGUGAGUGCUGGCGCGUUGCUCGCUGGCACCGUGCACGCUGGCGCGAUGCGGGCAGGCGCCGUGCACACUGGCGCGAUGCGCGCAGGCGCCGUGCCCGCUGGUGCGAUGCGCGAAGGCGCCGUGCGCGUUGGCGCCAAGCGCACUGGCGGGUACGGCACUGGCGCCGUGCGCACUGGCGCGUUGCGCGUAGGCGCGAUCCGUACUGGAGCCGUGCGCGCUGGAUGCUAUUGAAUGUGCAGAGCAGAGAGGAGGAAGAGAGGGGAUGGAGAAUAAAGAGUACAAAUGGAAUGCCAUGGGAAGAGAUUUCUGGUUUACGGCUGUGGUUUUUAUUUACAGUAGACUGUCAUAUAAUAGGUUUCAAUUGCUUUCUGUUUGUUCCUUUCUUUCUUUUGAUGAAUUUUGGAGUCCGUGUGUUUCCUUUGCUUUACAUUGUUGCCUUUCUCUAUUCUGCUCCUGCUUGCUUGAUACAGCGGUGGUGCACUUUGUGUAUGAAGGAAAUUGGUUUGAACUGAUCGUCUCGAGUAAGGUUCUUUGACUUUCCACCUUGAGUGCUGCAGUCACUUGAACUGGAGAUGAUAAGUGCAAUCCAUUUUCUUGUAGUGACUAAUGUUAAAAUUAUAUAAGUUAUAAUUUAUAUAGGCUUGGUAGGUUGUUACUGAACCUUUCUGUAGGGGGUACAAACCCCUCCU